CUUGUGCGGAGGGUUUUAGGAUCGUGCAAGCGCACCGCAACAAUCAACCCUGCGUCCAAUAGUGGUAUUGGAGCGGAAUGCAGUCUGCAUCCAUAAACCAAUCAACCAAUCCCUUGUCAAUUGCGAGCACCAGCGGCACAUGGGCGAGGCCCCAAGCCGGCGUGCCGCGCGGCCUAGCGCACCGCAAUGCCGCCGGUUCGGCGCCGCAAACCCGCGCCUGCUGUCGCUCGGGCCCGGCAUCAGCCACCUCCCAGUCAGCGCUGCUAGCUGCAUUUGCCGCGGGCGUGGCAUGCGGAGCCGGCGCACGGUGCCCAGGCGCGGCGGCAACAUACCAGCCAGGCGGUGAACCCGGUGAUACGGUGGGCGCCUCCGCCGCCGGGGCCUGCGGCGCCGGCAGCGCUUCCUUGCCCAAGAGAUGCCGCGACAGCAGCAGUGUCUGGGUGAAUCCAUCAGCAGUAGUAACGUUUGGUGCUUCACGCAGUAGGGCUGGCCCCCGGCGGGCUGUGGCGACGGCUGCGGCGGCAAGCGCCGGCGGCACCGACGGCGUCGGCGGCCCUGCAGCCAAAAAGCACGCGCGGGCGGAGUCUACAAAGCACAGUGCGGCUGCUGCGGAACCCGCAGCCCCCACGGCACCAGCUGCCGCUAGCGGUACUGCUGAUGCUGCCGCGACGCAAGCAGCGGCGCCAGCUGCUCCGGCUGGGUCUGCGGCGGGAGCGGGUGCUGGUGCCGGUGCCGGUGCCAACGCCGCGGCUGAGCAAGAGUCGCAGCAUCAGCAACCGACAUCGCAGCAACAGCCGUCACAGCAACCGACAUCGCAGCAACCGACAUCGCAGCAACAACAGCAGCAGCAGCAAGUGCAGUCCGAGUAUGUGGAGGAGUACGAGACGGUGUAUGUGACGGAGUCGGAGGUGCCCGAGGCCGGCAGGGCGGCGGCGGCGGCGGCGGCGGCGGUUGGGCCGACGGAGGCGGUGGCGGCGGCCGGAGGCGGCUGGGCGGGCGCCGGCGCCGGCUCCCAGCAGCGGCUGCUGCACCAGGCCUCCGGUGGCCCGGCGCCACCCCUGGCCUCCUCAACCGCCGCGGCGGUUGGCGGCAGCCUGGCUGGCACGUCGGUUGGCGGUUGGGCGUUGGCGGCGGCGCUGCUGCUGGCUGUGCGGCUGGGGCGGGAGGCGGCGGACGAGGAGCGGACCGACCUGUUCGCGCUGCAGGCCCGCCAGGCGGAGGGGCGUCAGCUGGACACGGCGCUGCGGGCCCGGCGGCGCGAGUUCCUGGAGGAGGAGAAGAAGAGGGCCGCGGAGGAGGCGGAGCGCAGGGUGGCUGAGGCCAAGGCGCGCGCGGAGGCUGACGCCCGGGCGAUGGAGGAGCGCAAGCGCCAGGAGGAGGAGGAGGCGGCGCGCGAGGCACAGCGCAUGGCGGAGGCGGCGGAGGCGGCCCGGCGUGUGUAUGAGGAGCGCGAGGCGCGGCUGGAUGCGGAACUGGUGGCGCGCGCGGAGGUGGAGCGGCGGCUACGGGAGGAGGCGGAGGCGCGGAGGAGGGCGGAGGAGGAGGCCAAGCGGCGUGCUGAGGCGGAGGCGGCUGCUCGCGAGGCGAAGCGGCGGGCUGCGCAGGCCGCGGCGGAGGCGGCGCGGCGGGCGGCGGAGGCGGCGGCGCUGAAGGAGACGGACCGGCGGCUGCGGCUGGCCAGCAACUGGUAUACACUGUCGUUCAAGGGCAGUGUGGCCGGCCGGCCCGCGCCGCCAGGCACCAUCGUGCCGCCGCCGCCCGGCGCCGCCGCCGCCGCCGCCGCCGCCGCCGACCUGCUCCGCGGCGGCCCGGCGGCGGCCCGCCUCGUGCUGGACUGCUCCGUACAACUGUCAACCGCUGCCCGUACGGCGCCGACGCUGGACGUGGCGGCGGUUGCGGCGGCGGCGGCGGUGAUGGGUCCCGGCGGCGGCGCCGCCACGGCCGGCAGCACGGAUGAGGGGACGGUGGCGGCGGCCGAGUCCGAGGCGGCGGCGGCGGCUGCGACGGUGCGGCUGGAGGCGGCAGAGCUACCGCCGCCGCCGGCUGUGUCGCUGGAGGCGGCGGAGGCGGCGACGGCGGAGGCGGUUGCGGCGGUUGGUGGAUCCAGCAGCCGUCCGUACGAGUCGGCGGCGGCGGCGGUUGAGGGAGCGGUUGACCUCACAGGCAACGCCUCCGAGCCGCUCGCUCUGCUCCUCACUGGCGGCGCCGCCGGCAACGGCGGCGGUAACGGCGGCGGUUGGUUGGGCCAACUGCCGCUACAGCCGGCGCCUGCAGACGCGCUGCGCGCGGUGCUGGAGGCAGAGGUGGCGGCGGCGACGGCGACGUCCUCGCAGUCGCUGCCGGCGGCGUCGGAGCUGGUGGCGUGGGAGCUGCGGCACUGGGGGCGCAUGGCUCACUUGCAGCUGCUUGCGGCGGGGCGGCAGGUGUGUGUGCAGCUGGCGCCAUUGCUGGGCCCGGCGGAGAGCCUGGAGCAGGGAUUCGAGUGCCGCAUUGUACGGCAAGUGCCGCCGCCGCGGACCGAGCUGCCGCCCGCCGCCGCCGCCAUGGCGCCAUGCGUGUCGCCGGCACUUGCCCGCGCCGCCGCCGCCGCCGCCAGCGCCAGCGGCGCCAGUGGGACCAGCGCCGCCGCCAGUGGCGGCGGCGGGCUGCAACUAGCUGUGAGUCUCAUUGAUGGCGUGAUCUCGCGGGAGGAGGCGGCGGCCGCCGCCGGCGGCCGUGAUGGCGCUGCCAACGGUGCGGCGCUGCCGCCGCUGGCGGUGGCGGCGCUUGUGUACGCUGAAGCACUGGAGGCCGCGGGCUACGCGCCGCCGCCGCCGCCGCCAACGACGGCGGCACUGUCAGGCGAUGCGUCAACAACGGCGUCGGCCGGCAGCGGAUCGGAAGCUGACGGCGAGGAGUCGGCAGCGGAGGUGGCGGCGGCGGCGGCGCCGGCGGCGGCGGGUGUGGCGGCGCUGGAGCGGUUGAUGCGGUACCAGCUGGGGGAGCGGGCGCGCGGCGCGCCUGCAGACAGCCUGGCCGCCACUGCCCAGCUGCUGCGGCGUGUGCUGCCCGGUGGCGGCCGCCACGCCGUGUGCCGCGCCCUGGAGCGACUGGCCGAGACCAAUAUGAGCCUGGGUGCACGGCAGGCGCUGCAGAUCCGGCGGCAGCGCGCGGCUCUGGAGGCGCAGGCGGCGGCCGCGCUGGCGGAGCAGCGGGGGCAGGCGGCGGGCGGGGCAGGCAGCCUGGCGGCGGUGGGGCCGGGCGGCCCGGCGGCGGCACGGGGCUCUCUGGUGCCGGUCCCGGAGCGGCUGUGGGCCAGCCGCAACGUGGCCAACAACCUGCUGCGAUUCGGCGAGCCGCUGCAAGUGGGGGAGGCGCUGCGCAUGCUGGAGGAGGCGGUGGCGGUGGCGCGGCGGCACUACGGCGAGCGGCAUCCAGCACAGCUGCCCGUGCUGCUCGACUACGUGGACGCGCUGGGGGCGGCGGCGGCGGUGGCGGCGGCGGCGGGAGGCAGCGUCCGCGGCGGCGGCGGUGGCAGCAGCGGGGCUGCCAAGGGCGAGGGCUUGGGUGACGCAGCUGCGGUCGCGGCGGCGAGGGCAAAGGCGGCCACAGAGCUUUUGGAGGUGGUGCAGGGCAUCUGUGAGCGCUACCAGGCCAGUCGUGAUCUGCUGUCGUGUGUCCUGCUCCUGGAGGCCGCGGUGGGCGAGGUGGGCGCCGCGCUCAAGCCGCCCGCGGUGGCGCGAGGCAGCGCGGGCGCCCGGGCCGCCGCCGCCGCCGCCGACCUGGCGGCGGAGCUCAUCUACGCCCUGAAGCCGCCGGAGGCACGCACCGUCAUGACCGCCCGCCGUGACGGCGAGCUGCCCAAGCUGCUGCGGCGCCUGGGCCGCGACGCCAGUGAGGAGCUGGGCGCCUACGCCAGCGGGCGGCGCAACAAGUGGUUGGACGCCUGGGCGAGGGGGAGCGGGGCGCUGCCGCCGCUGCGGCCGUAGGCUGUGGGGGUUGGGGGUUGGUGGAUUGGGGUUUGGGGUUUGGGGGAUUGGGGGUUGGGGGAGGGGAUACAGGGGGAUUGGGGUUUGGGGCGAUUUAGGGCUGGGGGUUGGGAGGGAGUUCAUUCAAAUUUCCAGUUCGACCUUUGGAUUGAGGGCUGGGGGUUGGCGGGUGGGGUGAGGUGAGGGGAUGGAGGUGAAUGAUGGGUAGAUGGUACCCGUGUUUUGGCGGAUGGGUGGCACGGUGUGUCCUUAGGUGGGCGCGAGGCGCUGGAGGCGGACGAGGGAGGGAGGUGGCGUAGACUGCGGCAUAAACGCGGACGUAGGUUGUAGGGGAUGACAAAGGCAUGUCUAAGACCGGUUACGAGUUACUCGCGGCGGCGAGGGCGCGGUUGAACGGGCCCGCAGAGGGCUGCGCAGAGCUGCUUUACCGCAUGCUGCGUGCUGCGGCUACCUAUCGUGCAUGUCUUGCAGCUGUACGGUAUCCUCUCCUGCCGUUCAUCCUCCCUCGUGUAAUCGUGUUCAUGGCAUUUGCCCAUAAGGGGGGUUUCACACGUGACAUGCGAAGCCGGCUUCGACCCCGAAACCGGGUCGAAGCCGACCUCGGAACCGACCCCGAAACCGACUCGCCAAGCCGGCCCCCCCACCCCGAUUUCGCAAAGCCGGCUUCCACAUUUCACUACCGGUUUCGAGGAUUCCCAUCAUUCCAUUGAUAUAUAUUAUCAUAUGGCUAUGCAUAGACACUUCACAGCCCCAAAGCAGACCCACGCGCCGCGAAUGCCAAAGAAUAGGUGGCACAAUCUCCGCUGAAUUUCGCGAAUCCACGUCACAAAGUCAAUUUUGCGCUAUAAAUGGACGUUUGGUGUCAACUCCUCGCUCAAUAGCUCUGUCUCGCGUGUGCAUGGCUGCGAAUGGCAUGCGCCGGACCGUGCAAAUGGCCUGUGGAGGCCGACUGUGAGCAUUUUAGCUGCUAUGGUUGUAUGUAUUGUCCAAUAGGGCAGCAGGAUAAUAAAAAGCUGCCCAGCGUGGUGCAAUGCAGGGUUUCCUUCAUGAAAAAGGCAACAUCUCGACCACAGACUGAUAAGUGCUUUGUUUUGAGAUGUAUACACAAGUCAUUGCAUGUUUUGGGGCAGUAAGGAUGCGGGCAGCGUGAGCAUCUUGUUGGCUUUGGCCCGUCCGCGCACACAAGUACGUGUCUCCAUUGUAUAAGGGUUUUGUUCUAUA